AUGGCUGUUGUCCGUAUCCGCGGUCUUCCGUACUCCGCUCGAGCUGAUGAUAUCAUAGACUUCUUUAAAGAUGUCAAAAUCAAAAAUGGAAAGCGUGGGAUCUUUUUCCCUCAGGGACCAAAUGGGCGUUCGAACGGCGAGGCGUUCAUCGAGCUGGAGACUAAGCAGGAGAUUGAGAAAGCUACCGCCCAUCACAACGAGCACAUGGGUCGGCGUUACAUUGAGGUUUUUCCGUCAACGGAACAGGAAAUGAACAACGCGAUGGGGAAGCACGAUCAGUACACACGUGAUCGCAAGGAGUAUGUUGUUCGCCUUCGGGGGCUGCCAUACGAUACAGAGAAGAAAGAGAUAUACGCAUUUUUCAACGGUCUGGAAAUAGCUCCGAACGGUAUCGGGCUACUGGUGGAUCACAUGGGCCGGUGCACUGGGGAGGCGUAUGUCCAAUUCACAUCAGCGGAGAUGCUAGCGCGUGCAAAGGAGAAGCAUAUGGAGAAGAUAGGGCACAGGUACAUCGAAAUAUUUGAAAGCAGUAUGUUGGAAGCAAAUUCGACCAUUCAGCGGCAAAUGGAAGCGAAUCAAGAACGCAGUGGUGGCAGUGGUGGUGGACCUAUCGUUGGCCGGGGUGGACGCGAUCAUUAUCCAGGUAGUGGUUAUUAUGGUGGACCUCGAGGACCUUAUGGCGGUCCGCCUGGUGGUGGACCGAACGGGCCCGGGUACGGAAGAGGACCUCCUCCUGGAGGACGCCCCGGACCAUACGAUCGUCCACAUCCUUCCGGCUAUUCCGGAUAUCAUUCUCCACCUAGGGGGUUUGGUGGACCCCCAAGUCACAUGGGACCUGGUUCAAAGAGCUAUGGACCAAUGAGCAAUCCUGAGCCGGAGGAUCCGCAAAGUGUGACAGGUCAUUCUGUCCGUCUACGGGGUUUGCCCUUCUCGGCUACGGCCGACGACAUCGAUCGCUUCUUGGCCCCGUUGCAGCCGGUGAAUGUCCGCAUUCGGAUGAAUUCUUCUGGGAGACCCACCGGUGAGGCUGUUGUGGAUUUCGCCAGUCACGACGAAGCAAAGGAGGCCAUGAAAAAGGAUAGGGAAAAGAUCGGAUCGCGGUACAUCGAACUGUUUCUUGCAUCGACUCCCAUGGGAAAUGCUCCCCGUACUGCUGGUCCCCCUUAUGCUUCUAGGCCGUAUGGACCUCCCAGUUCCCCACCUUACAGUGCAGGUGGUGGUCGGUCCGCCCAUGGAGGAUCACAUAUGGCAGAACCCCCUUAUGGAGGGUCUGGUGAUUACGGAACAGCUCCCGGUCAUCCUGACGAACUGGGUUACGGUCAGGAUUACGGGAGGAUGCGUCGCGACAACUAUUAUAGUGGCAGUAAUGGAUAUGGACCUAUGGGCCAAAGUGGCGAUGACUAUGGUGACUAUCGUUCGCCCUAUCGUCAAGCGAACUACUCGUGGUCGUAA